AUGACCACUCUCCUCUCCCUCCCAACAGAACUCCUCCUCUCCAUCUUUGACCUCCUACCUCCUCCAUCAAAACAUGUCUUCUCUCUAUCCUGCCGCUACCUCAACUAUACCUUCGCACCUCUCUGCCCUUCCCUAGACACAAAAGCAAUAUUCUCCCUCCGCUCAGCCCUAGCCCGCGACGGCAUCUCCUUCAAAGACCACGCCUACUGCGCUGGGUGUCGCACUAUCCACAGGCACAAAUACUUUGAUACGGACGAACUCUCCCACUCCCCAGUCAUCCGCAAAUGUACAGCUACCCGGAAAAGCCUCUACAUCGAGCCCGAACAAUUCCUUAGCUACCAAGACGCAACUAACCAGGACUAUUGGUUGCCACGGCCAUAUUCUAGCAAUAGCAAACCGCCGCGGCUGAACUCAGGCUCCAUCGUCCGGUUUGGACGCAAGGAACCAAUAAAUGACCGGGAAUUCGCCGUCUGCGCCUCGUACGAGAUCCUGUCACUCCCCGACAUUGGUUCCGACUCAACCCCGAAUGAGAAGGGCUCCGACUUCGAUCUUAGAGUAAGCAGGGCCGAAAUUGCGCGGAUCCUGCGCGGGUUCGACAUUCCCACAUGUCCGCAUACGAGGCUAGGUGAUAACUUAGUUAUCAAAAGUUAUUGCGAGUCUGUUUCCAGAUCGAGGAAUAGGAACGAUACGCCUUCAAUUGAGGAAUUGAGGGAGGAAUAUCGCCGCAAGAUGGGACAGAAAGAAUUUGAUGAUGCUACUGCAGAUUAUAUCCUCAGGAUAUGGAAGGAUGACAAGGCGAAUGCUUGCUGCCAGUUCCCUGGGUGCAAGACGACCUUCCGGUGGGAAUGUCGGUCGAGCCCGAGAAAAGACGGAUGGAAGACAAUCCUUCUCCAUGUAAAGCGAUAUUUGGGCUAUCUACCCGCGCCAUCGGAUCUGCACUGGAUGGCGCAGCUUGUUACGGUGCCCGAUGAAGACCAGCUUAAAAAGUAUUGGAAUGAAUGCUUCGAAUGGAGGGAUGUGAACUUAGCAAUCGAAGAGGUAAGGUAUAAACGACUGCUUCUGGCUAGAGACCAGAGCGGGAAGAUGGAAUUGGGAAGAGCAGAAGAGGUUGAAUUCGAGCUGCUGCGGAGGGAGAAUGAUUAUAUGAGGCAUCCGCAUCGCAAGAGGCAUAUGGGGUCUGUACUUGGGAAACUAGGGGCUGGGGAGACAUCGCAUACGAGGCUUUCGCUUCUGAUGCCGAGAUAUCGUCAGGCGGAGGAAGAAGUAGAGGGGGACCUAUAUAGGCCGCUGCAUUCGGCUGAGACUCUUGAAAUCUUGGAAAAGGAAGACUUUAAAAAUAAGUACAAGAGCAUGCGCGGAUUCGGCUCUUAUCAGACGAUGUGGAUUGAGAACCUCUUUCGAUCUGCGCGCAGUGGUUGA